GAUUCCGAGUUCAAGUUGGAACAGAUUGCUUGAGCACCGAGCGUUAUUAAAGACAGGGAGGAACUCGCUUAUUUACAGCACUGAAAGUAACCGCAAGCCUUUUUUUUUUCGGAAGAGUCGCUGUCAUGGCACGUGCAUAGAGUAAAAGUGACAUGUGGUCGCUGGCGCUGGUAUGCUCUGCGCUGGUGGCAGCAGCAGCAUUCGCUGUUCCCAACAAGAUAACUUAUGUGGAGACUACCCAAACGACUUGGAAAGGUGUCGCAGGUGCGCCUCGGAAUAUGACGGCUUAUGCGGAUUACUACCACAGGAAUAGGGAGUCCUACCUUGACUUUUACGAAGACGACAAGCGCCAGGCACGCUCCAGUGCAUUGUAUAUAUCGGGACUCGCCUCCUUCCCACCAGGUGUCGCAGGUGCGCCUCGGAGUAUGACGGCUUAUGCGGAUUACUACCACAGGAAUAGGGAGUCCUACCUUGACUUUUACGAAGACGACAAGCACCAGGCACGCUCCAAGCAGCGUGCGCCUCUGGUGUGCUUCGUGCGGUACGACGGCUUCAUGAAUUCGGGCGUGAUGCGCUUCGCUGUCCGGGGCAUUCCCGUCAAGAAGUGCACUCACGUCGUCUACUCUUACCUGGAGACGGACAACAGGACCGGAGAGCUGCUGUAUCGCAAAACGGGCCCGCUUUCUCAGGCAGAUAUAGAGAAAGAUGUAGCCUUACUAAAGAGACGUCAGCCAAAGCUUAAGGUUCUCUACAGCUACGGUGGUGGAGCGCACACGAAUAGCAUGCUCAACCGACUGAGCACGAAAAACGACGAGGAAAAGUUGUUCAGGACACUCGAUUCCCUCGUGGAGCCCGGAAAAUUUGACGGCGUCAACUUGCACUUGGAAGGACCGGGACCGUCAAUAUGCAACAAAGAGAGCUUCAACAAGAUUCUCAACUUUAUCAAGAAAGUCCGGUUCAGGAUUAUGCACACGGAUGACCUCUUAACAAUCCAGCUUCCCGCCUGCCGCCCCAAGUGUGACGCUAUAGUAAAACGCACACUUGCAAGGUACGUCGACUAUAUCUUCCUGAUGACAUUCGAUUAUAAACUGGAUGACCUUUCGACGACAAAGCUUACCAGUGGACUCAAAUUGUUCGAAGGAACCCGUUUGAGCACCAUUGACACCGUGACUUGUCUGAAACAAUGGGUCGACGCUGGGGUUCCGAAAUACAAGAUGGUGCCUGGUAUUGCCACGUACAGUCGUACGUUUACACUCCACGAUCCGCACAGCUAUGGCGUCGGCGCCAAGCUCGCGGAAAACCAUCCACUCGGCUACGGUGCAAACUUCACUAAGACAGACGGUUACAUGAACUACGUAGAGGCCUGUCGACGCUUGAAAUACUACCAUUGGGAAGCGACGUGGGUGGCGACGGCAGGUGUGGCCUACAUGCACUACAAGGACCAGUGGAUCAGCUACGAGGACGAGACUAGCGCAGCAGCAAAGGCCUCGUGGUUCCGGUCUCAAGGAAUGGGUGGCGUAUUCGUGUGGUCACUGGACGCGGACGACUACUCGGGUGACUGUGUGGGCGAGCUCUUCCCCGUGGUGGACAGCGUGUGGAAAGCGUACAACGGAUACCGCCCGGUCACCACCCAACCCCUCGCAUUGAACAUACGCAAGCAAGUCAUGGGGGCUGCGGACCAAGCCGGCGGGCACGUGAUGUCGCCCCUAGCGUGCUUCAUGCGUGGCGAGGCGUUCGAACGAGUGGGCAUUCGGCGCUUCAGCCUGAACACCCUGCCGCUCGGCAUGUGCACGCACCUCAUCUACUCCUACGUGGAGACAGACAACGACACGGGAGAGUUCAUCUUCCGCCAGAGGGGCGCCACGGGAGAGAGGAACAUACUGCGCGACAUGGGCAUGCUGAGGCACAGAACGAGUGCGACCGAAGUGAGGACUUUGGUCAGCUACGGAGGCGGCGCGCACCUACAGAGCCUGCUGAAGCGGAUACGCGAACCACAAAAGAUGUGGCACUUCCUCCGCAGGAUGAAAAAGUGGCUCGUGGUGUUCGGCUUGGACGGAAUCAACUUUCACCUGGAAGGACCGGGUCCUCCACUUUGCAAGCAGAGCGAUAUCGUUGCCGUUUACAACUUCAUUAGGCAACUUCGAAGUUUUCUUGGGGAUGCGUAUCUCAUCACGCUCCAGCUUCCUGCGUGUCGUGACCCCAACUGCAGCCUCCUUCCGUACGAGAGAAUAGCCAGUCAGGUGAACUACUUCUUCCUCAUGACGUUCGACUACAAGCUGGAUGAGCUGUCUAAGACGAAGAUUACAAGUGGACUUUAUUAUUACGAAGGGAACCGGAGCACCAGCGUCGAGUCUGAAUCGUGCCUUGGCAGGUGGAUAAACACUGGGGUGCCGAAGCACAAGAUAAUUCCAGGUAUCGCCACGUACGGCCGCAGCUUCACGCUCCGUGACCCGGCCUACAACGGCGUCAGCGCCCCGCUUGAUCCAGCGCACCCGCUCGGCUAUGGUGCGAACUUCACGCAGACGGACGGCUACAUGAACUACGUCGAGACGUGUCGACGGGUGAGCUACUUUCAUUGGCCACGACACUGGCUGAAGUAUGCGGCGACGCCGUACAUCCACUACGAGAACCAGUGGGUCAGCUACGACGACAAGGACAGCGUCAAAGUGAAGGCCGAGUGGUUCUGGAAGCACUGGCUGGGUGGAAUAUUCGUGUGGUCUUUGGACGCGGACGACUACGGCGGAGAUUGCGUGGGAGAGAUCUACCCCAUGGUUAGAGCGGCGUGGAAAGUUCUAAAGACGAACCAGCGUCUGCAUAUGCGUGGACACUCUGAACAGGGUUGAUGCCGCUAUGGAGCCAAGGACGUUAGAAGAAAUCGCCGUGCAAGUUUCGAAGAACGGAGGCGUUGUGCCGGAAAACUGCGACCCAUAGGAGGUCUUCCUCAACUGAAUAUUUGCCCGAAGAAUAAACUGCGACGCUUUCCCAGCCCAA